UUGCGGUGUCCGCAGCAACUCACAACGUCCCGCUCGUUACUUAUUAGAACUAAGAGAACCAACACGUAAGAGAGACGCACACUACGGCCACGCAGCGAAGAGAGACGCACACCACGGCUAUACGAAGGCGAAGAGAACCAACACGAAAGAGAUACGCUCUUACGCCCACGCAGCCAACGCAAGGAAGAGAACGGCUAUACGCAGACGAAAAGAGACAACAUGAAAGAGAGCGAAGCGGCAGAGAAGCCGCCGAUCGGUCUUACGCCCACGCAGCCGAGGAAAAGAGCCGACGGCGAAGCAGGCAAUACACCCACGCAGCCAUACACCCACGCAGCCGAGGCCGGCAGCCGAAGGCGGCGCAGCAGCGAAGCGGCAGAGAAUCUGCGAAAAAGAAAAGCCGAGGCCUGGCACGGUCCAGCGCGAGCCAAGCUCGAGAGUGAUCUCCGAGGGCUGAGCCAGACCGGUUGUGCGGCGGAAGCCAAAAUAGAUGUGAAAAGUGAGCCGGGACCGCGCCGUGUGAAAAACUAGCCGUGACCGCGCCGUGUGUGACCGCACCCACGCGGUGUGCAAAGGAAGCCACAGAAGUGACGAGGACCCGCCGUGGGAGAACAGGACCCAAAGAAGGGAAACAAGGGUGAGCCAC